ACUUGUCCUGUAGGUGUUGCCCGUCUGGUUAGUUAGGCGCUCUCGGGUAACUUCUCGCGCAGUUGUUUUCAGCUCGGAGGUCUACAGGCCAAAGACCAGACCGCGGAGACGAGCGAGAAGAGCUUAGGCUGCACUGUGGUAAACUUCAGCGGAUAUAUGAGAGUCCUCGCGUGAAUCCAGACACACCGGCGCCGUCGACAUGUUCACGCGCGGAUCGAAGAAGCGACGCUCCAAUCGCUCGAUAGAUGCUGAGGAUCCGGACCAAGGGCAGCCGUGUAUGCGCUGUGGAGAACAGUGUCCUGGCUUCCGCAUGCAUGGAUGGAGGAAGAUCUGUGUGCACUGUAAGUGUGUGCGGGAGGAGCAUGUGGUGCGCUCUGUGCCCGGACAGCUGGAGAGGAUGAUGAUGAAGCUGGUUUCAGACUUCCAGAGGCACUCCAUAUCCGACGACGACUCGGGCUGCGCCUCAGAAGAAUAUGCCUGGGUGCCGCCCGGGAUCAAGCCUGAACAGGUGUAUCAGUAUUACAGCUGUAUUCCAGAGGACAAGAUUCCUUAUGUCAACAGUCCAGGAGAACGAUAUCGAAUUAAACAGCUUCUACACCAGCUGCCGGCCCAUGACAGCGAGCCUCAGUACUGUAACUCUCUGGAUGAAGAAGAGAAGAAAGAACUGAGGUCAUUCAGCCAGCAGAGGAAGAGAGAGAAUCUGGGCCGUGGCAUCGUACGACUGUUUCCAGUCACCAUGACCGGAGCCAUCUGUCAACAGUGUGGCAGGCAGAUCUGCGGCGGUGACAUCGCGGUGUUUGCGUCACGAGCGGGUCACGGCUCCUGCUGGCAUCCUCAGUGCUUCCAGUGCGCUUCCUGUAGCGAGCUGCUGGUGGAUCUGAUUUACUUCUAUCAGGACGGACACAUCUACUGCGGCCGGCACCACGCCGAGCGCAUCAAACCCCGCUGCCAGGCCUGCGACGAGAUCAUCUUUGCGGACGAGUGUACGGAGGCGGAGGGCCGGCACUGGCACAUGAAGCACUUCUGCUGUUUCGAGUGUGAGACGGCGCUGGGCGGCCAGCGCUACAUCAUGAGAGAGAGCCGGCCGUACUGCUGCCACUGCUACGAGUCUCUGUACGCCGAAUACUGCGACACCUGCGGAGAACACAUCGGUAUAGAGCAGGGUCAGAUGACGUACGAGGGCCAGCACUGGCACGCGACCGAGGCCUGUUUCUGCUGCGCCUGCUGUCAGCUCCCUCUGCUGGGCCGACCCUUCCUGCCUCGCAGCGGACUCAUCUUCUGCUCCCGCUCCUGCUCGCUCGGGGAAGACCCAGACAACUCAGACUCCUGCGAUUCUGCCCUGCAGAGCAAACCAGUGUCACACAAGAGCAUUCAAGACCAGCAGCGCACAUCCACACCACGGCCACAGGAGGGAGCCAGCGUCAGAGCUGCCAGCACAACAACAGCCAACGGGGCUCAUGUCACACUGGGCAGCAGCGCUACAUGUGUCCUCACCUCUUUCCAUCCUAUACCCAAUGGCCAACCUCCACCGUAUGAUCAAAUACAAACACAACACUCACAGCUCUGUCCAGCAGCCAAUGACAGGACGGCAUUCGUUUGCAAGGACCAAUCAGGCGUCAGCAAACAGCGAGUGACUCACCGGCCAGACAGUCUGGAGUUUACGGUGGAGCUGAACGGAUACGCAGAAUUUGGCCCUUUUCCGCCGAGCUGCACGUCUAGAGGGACUUCCACUGCAAAGGAUUGUGGGAACAUCAGUUGUACAGGGAUUUCCUCUCAGCUGGAGUCUUCAGAUACCUUUGACGAUCUAAAUGACUCCGACUCCUUCCCGCCUCCUCCGCCCCCUGUUUUCUUCGAUCCGUCUGAUUCCCGGGCCGCUGUCACUGAAGCCGAGGACGCCCCUGCAGCACCGGUCCGCGGCAGCACCGCCAGGGUCAGCUUCAGAGAGCCAAUCAGCUGCAGCUAUUCAGUGGAAGAGGAAGAGUGGGAGGAAGAGGAACAGGUGGAGAUGCAGAGAAGAGAGGGAGAGGAAGAGGAGCAGGAGGAAGAUGGAGAGGAAGUUGAAGGAAGUUUGGGACACAGGUUGCGUUACUGCAUUGAAGUACCAUCUCAAAUGGAGCUGCUGGAUGGGUCGUACCACCGCAGUUUCCGCCGGGCAAGCGGUGGCCACCAUCCCACGGAGAAGAGGCUCAGACGCUCCCGAGGUUCACGAAGCGACAGACCUCGUCUGGAAACCCUGGAAAGCAGGGUAGGAGACUGCAGGCGGUCCAACAGCGUCCUGGACGGCAGCCUUACCCUGCACUCCACCCGCUACCGACAUGAAGACUCCUGCUCCACCUGCUCCUCUUCCUCAGACUCCGAGGAGGAAGGCUUCUUUCUGGGCCAGCGCAUUCCUCUGCCGCCGCAGCUGACGGGUGGAGAGAGAGCAGCAGAAGGACAGACAGAGGACGAGGACAAGAGCCGAAGAGGAAGCUUCAGGAGAAGAAGGACACAGAGUCUCAGUAGAAAAGACAAGGACAAGAACUGCAUACUGUCCUGAGACCAAGACUCUCUGAACCAGCGAGCUGCUCAGUCCAGAUCGAAGUUGAUGAGUGACAUUCUGUACGAUAAAAAUAGAACCUCUCUUACAUUCUAUGCAUCUGUGUGAUGAUAUAUUAUCCGAUGUCAGUUUCAGUAUCAGGGUGCCUAGUCAAAUUUACUGGCAUUAUUAAUCAGGCCGAGGAACAGUUCUAAUCCAAAUUUUGUUUGUUACAGGAAAAGUAGAACUACAUUUUCUAAAUUUAUGUGAGAGCGCAACGGCUAAAGGCCUGUUUCGCGCAACACAAAUAUUCGGCACAAUAAAUUCACUCCAAUUAUGACAACAAACUUGUUUCCACCACUGAAUAAAAGUAAAAGGUCAUUGCGACUUCUUUUCUCUCUCUCACAGUUAGGACUUUUUAUGUCGUAAUUGUGAGUUUGCAUCUUUUUCUCUCAGUAUUACGAGAUAUAAACUCACAAUUGCGAGUUCUAAAGUCAGAAUUACAUGAUACAAAGUCAUAGUUGCUUGUUAAAAAGUCUGAAUGGAAAAAAACGAAUAUCAGAAUUUGGUGGGGGGGGGGGCCAUUUGUGCGAUAUAAACAUGCAAUUGUGGAGUAUUGUGUAUAAGUCAGUAUUGUAAUUUAGAUCUUUAUUUUUUGCAAUUCUGAGUUUAUAAAGAAUUAUCUCGCAAUUCUGAGAAAGGCAAAAUUACCUUUUCAAAAAAAUGUAUUCAGUGGUGGAAAUGGGCUUUCAUAGUUUAUAACAAUACGUCAGACGGAAUGCAUGAAAAUGCAGUUUCACUCAUAGUAUGUAAGCAGAGUUACAUCUGCAACAACAACAACAAAAAAAUGUUCCAUUAUCUUUUCAUUCCGUUGACAUUUGCUUGGAAAUCAAAUCAUUAUUCACAUGUUUACUAACAGCCGUUCAGAUUUUUGUAUUUAUUUUGUUUAUCAAAUUACACCAAACACAAAGACAAGAAAGCUGCUUCUGGAUUCUUCCUUGGCUAUUCUCUGUUGCUUAGAAAAAGCUGCUUCGUAUAUCCGUAAGCGCCACCAAGAUUUAACUUCAAGUAACAGAAGCAACUUUGGGAAUGUGACAAAAAAAAGUAUAAAUGUUAUUGGUUGGCCAGUUUUAUUCACAGUGCAAAAUAGAGAUUAGCUCACCGAAACCAAAAUACAGAUUAGAACACAGAAAUUGUUUAUUGGACCAGUUUUUUCAACAAAUUUUUGUCAGUGUAAGUAAUCUUGGAGUCAGAGCCAUGGUAACUAUGCUCAAAUUGGAAUAUAAGCAUACUGUAGUGCAGUAUUGUAUCAUGAAUGCAACACUAAAUUGCAAGAGUAAUGUGACACUGUGUUAUCAUAUGACUUCAUAAAAAUAGUCAUCUUGUGUUUUUAAAUCUAAUUUUGUGUUAAAAUUUCUUUGGCGAUCAAAUAAUGAAACAAGGUGUUGAAAAUCACAGAUGUGCAAUUACAUGGAAAGUGUGCGGUCAAAUCAAGCACAUUGGAAUGGAUUACCCAGUGUUUGCCCUACUAAAUACUGCACGUUUUGUCAAAUUUAGACAAAUGUGUCAAAUAUUCAAUGCCUAAGGAAAAUAUGAAUUGUAUGAAAAGUAUACAAUUGUUAUAUGCUAUUAACGCAGCAUGUGAGUUGGUGAAAGAUCAUUCAAUUUAUUCAGCAAAACCAGUUAAAUCAUCGUAAUGAGCUGUUGUUAAAUUCAGUUUUGGGGAAAGUUACUUUUAAAGUAAUUUAUUACAAUAUUGCAUUACUCCUUAAAAAAAGCAACUAACUGCGUUUGUACUUUUUUUGCAAAGUGAUGUUACUUUUGCAUCACUUUUUCUCAUCUGGCCUGGGCUUGCUGGUUUGUUAGUUUUUAAUAUAGAAAAGUUAUAUUUUUGGCAAAUGUAAAAACCCUUUCACACCAAAAGUGUACUGAAUAAGCCUCAUGCUUAAGAAAAUAAUUUAAUUAUUGCAGGUUUGUGUCAUAUUCUGAGUUUGCAUUUCACUGUGUUUAUCUAUUUUGAGGAACACCGAAUCUGUUUUUUAUUUUAAUCUUCUUUUUUUAAGUGAGAUGAGUAAAUGCAUGUUCGCACUUAGUGUAUAACUACAGGAAGCAUCAUGUUCACAUCAUGUUUACUCCUGAUUUCUCUCAACAUGAGAGCUGUCAGUCAGUAAGUGGGAAAACAAAGUAACCGGUGUUUACUUAUUUGGAAAAAGUAACUCAAAUAUUUUCAUGUAAAUUAAAAGUAAUGCAUUACUGCAGUAGUUACUUGAAAAAAGUAAUCUAAUUAUGUAACUUUCAUUACAUGUAAUGCAUUACCCCAACGCUGGUUAUAUUUCUAAGAUGUGUAGUCCCUAAAGUUCCACAUCUGCUAAAGCUGUAGUACAAGUGCUAAAUCCAAAACAAACUAAUUUAACGAGUGAGCUUGUUUGACUGGUUUUGAGAGAGCUGUGUAAUUUGCAUUUGUUUAAGGUUUAACUAUAUGUGAAACCUAUUGAAAUGCAAACACGUUGUUGUGGAGUUAUUGUAUUUGAGCAUGUACUAGAAACCCAAGUCAACAAACUGUAAAGCAGAAAGUCAUGAGUCUACGACAGGCCAUAUCAGAACAGAAUGUGGGAAAAUACAGUCUGCAUCUCCUCAUCAACUGUAUUAUAUGUAAAUGUUGGCAUUUCAAACCUCUCUGUGUGUAAAUGAGAGUUUAAAUAAAGGCACAUCACUUUCAA